UAGUGUUUAUUCACUGCUAGCUCGUGUUUGCUAAGCGAUGGACGUUGCAAAUCUACGGCCUCUCAUACACACUGAGCACACGAAAAUCGUCACAAAAUUCGUAAAACCGCCGCUAGCUUCGCGCCACCGGAAAACGAUCCGUAUUUCUAUGACCGAUCCCGAUGCCACCGAUUCCUCUAGCGACGAAGAGGAGGAGCUUCUGUUCCCGCCUCGCAAAAUAAAAAAGUACGUGACGGAGAUAAGGAUAGAGACGGCUGAGAAGCGGAGCGCCGCUCUCAAUUCUAACCCGAAGCCUCUGGCGGCGGGAGGCGAAUGCCAGAAGUUCCGGGGAGUGCGGCGGCGGCCGUGGGGGAAAUGGGCGGCGGAAAUAAGAGACCCUUGCAAGAAGGUGAGGCUGUGGCUGGGAACUUACGACACGGCGGAGGAGGCGGCGAUGGUGUACGACAACGCCGCGGUCAAACUCCGGGGACCGGGCGCUUUGACCAACUUUAAAGUUCCGGCGAGUAAGGCCGAGUGUUUCGAUAAUCGCUCGUCUCCGGCUUCUGUUCUCGGCUUCGUAAGCAGCGACGAGGAGAGCUCGCCCAGCGCUUCAAAAAUCGAAGAUGUUGAGCCGGAUUAUUAUAGCGACUCGCUGCCGAUGACGGCGGAAUUGUUGGGUGAAUUUUUCAAUUUUGAUGCAGAAGAUCAGACGUUGUUGUUUGAUACCGGAGAUAAUAAUCCGGUGGAAGAUGUGUUUGGAUUCGGGGAUUUUAAUGAUUCGCCUGUUGAAGAGUUGAAAUGUGAAUUUCCCGGGCUGUUUAAAGAUUCGUUUCAAGAUGGAGAUGUUAAAUGCUUGAUUCCAGAUGAGUUUGCGGCACAAAACAUGUUUGAGUUUGGAGAUUUUAAUGAUUCAGAAAAUUUCGGCGACUUUGAAGCUUCUGAGCUUACUUUAGUUAGAUUUGAACAAGACUUUUGUCAAGAAAAUUUCUUAGAUAUGUUUGCAGAUUGAGUAGUGUUGUAAAAUGUGAAAAUUUUGUUUACCGGAGUUAAUCUUUUUUAAUUUUAGUUACACUAGAGAUAUAACUUAUAAAUUAUAUUGAUAUUAA